UGCCGGGGCUGUUCCGACGAUUGCGCGCCACUCCCGCCGCGCCCAGCGCCAGCCCUUGCUCGCAGGCGCCACCCGCCCCCCGCAUUGCUGAUGCUGCUGCUGGCAGACAUGGACGUGGUGAAUCAGUUGGUGGCUGGGGGUCAGUUCCGUGUGGUCAAGGAGCCCCUGGGCUUUGUGAAGGUGCUGCAAUGGGUGUUCGCCAUCUUCGCCUUUGCCACCUGCGGCAGCUACAACGGAGAGCUUCGGCUCAGCGUGGAGUGUGCCAACAAGACUGAGAGUGACCUCAGCAUCGAGGUGGAGUUUGAGUACCCCUUCAGGCUGCACCAAGUGUACUUCGAUGCUCCCAACUGCCGAGGGGGGACCUCCAAGGUCUUUCUGGUAGGAGACUACUCUUCAUCGGCUGAAUUCUUUGUCACUGUGGCUGUGUUUGCCUUCCUCUACUCCAUGGGGGCACUGGCCACCUACAUCUUCCUGCAGAACAAGUACCGAGAGAACAACAAAGGCCCCAUAAUGGACUUCCUGGCCACCGCAGUAUUCGCCUUCAUGUGGCUGGUUAGCUCAUCGGCAUGGGCCAAGGGACUGUCAGAUGUGAAGAUGGCCACGGACCCUGAGAACAUCAUCAAGGAGAUGACUGUCUGCCGGCAGACAGGGAAUACAUGCAAGGAGCUCCGGGACCCUGUGACCUCUGGCCUCAACACCUCUGUGGUGUUCGGCUUCCUGAACCUGGUGCUCUGGGUGGGCAACCUGUGGUUCGUAUUCAAGGAGACGGGCUGGGCCGCCCCAUUCAUGCGCGCCCCUCCCGGUGCCCCCGAGAAGCAGCCGGCGCCAGGGGAUACCUACGGCGAGGCGGGCUACGGGCAGGGCCCCGGCGGGUAUGGACCCCAGGACUCCUACGGGCCCCAGGGCGGCUACCAGCCCGACUACGGGCAGCCUGCAGGCGGUGGCGGUACUGGCUACGGGCCCCAGGGCGACUAUGGGCAGCAAGGCUACGGCCCUCAGGGUGCGCCCACCUCUUUCUCCAAUCAGAUGUAGUCUGGUUGGUGCAACCCGGGAGGACUCCAUUGGUGGGCGAAAGCUCCAGAGAAGACCUGCCCUCCCUUCCCACCCCUGUGCCCCUGGUCUCCACCCCUCAAGUCAGGAGACCCUUAACUGUCUUUGCUGUUAUAUAUAUAUAUAUAUAUAUUAUAUUAUAUUAUAUUAUAUAUAAAUAUCUAUUUAUCUGUCUGAGCCCUGUCCCUACUCCUCUCUCCUCAUGCAGUAGGGGCUGAUCUUGAAUAGACCCCUCUUACCCCUGCCCGUUCCUCCUGCAUCCCCCACCCCUAUGUUCCCUGGCCCUGUGCCCUGAAGCUGAGAGAUCGCAAGGAUGGGCAGGGAGGGGGGGGAUAGGCCUCAGCUAUGUGGGGAGGGUGGGUGUGAUUCCAGGCUCUGUCCCUCUCCCAACUCUGGCUUUCAUUCCUCUAGCAAUACCUGCACUAGGUCCACUAGAGAGAGGCCACUAGAGAGAGCUGAGGAGAAAGGCAGUUUGGGGGAUCUUGAGACCCCAAGGUGGUCUUAGAGUGGAGGAGGUAACUAAGCAGGGAUAGAGGACUUAGUGGAUCUGGGUUCUAAAGAGAAGUGCUGGAGAACAUUCUGGAGUGGGGUCUGGAAAGCUGAAGGUGUGACUCUAGAAGGAACAGAGCUUUGAGUGAGGAAUCAGUGGACCCCUCCCCCAGAUCAGUCAGGGUUUAGAGUAAGAGGUGACCCUAUAAAAGGGGUGUGACUUAGAGCUGAGGCAUGGGGUUCACAGCAGGGUGAAAGGAGAGAGUGGGUCUGGGAUUGGGACUGGAAUCUAAGGAAUGUAAUUUAGAACUCCUAGGGGACUUGCGUUUGAGUCUGAAGCAGACAGAGCUUCCUCAAGGCCAACUGAAUGGAUGUAAGAAGGAGAUGGACUUAACUAAUGUCACGGUCAGGUGUUUGGGUGAGGCACGCAUUAGUGUUCGGUAGACACGGUCCUUUCAGAAAGGAACAAUGAAUGGAUAGGCUUGGCAUGAUGAGCUUUUUGCAGGGAGGAGGGUGAAAAGUAUCUUUGGCCAAGGUUGGAACAGACUUGGAAGAGAGGUACUGGGAUCCAGAGAGCAUCACCUCCUGCCCAACUCUCUCUCUCUCUC